AUGAAGGGCUUCAUUGGAGGAAUCCCCAUUGCACUGCUGGCAGUUGCUGCUCAGGCCCAGGUCGCCGAGCGUCAAAACGGCAUCGGCCAGGAGGGUAACACCGUCAUCAACGGACCCAUCAGCGGCCCCUCUGGCAAGGACUUUGACUCUACCUUCACAAACCCGUAUGCUGCCAACAUCAAUGAGAACCACCAGAAGCACGAGUACACCAAGGAGGACCACUCCGUCAACGUGAAGCACACCAAGGAGUUCCACCCCCACAGCCAUGGCCCCUCCGUUGUCGAGGGUCCUCAGGUCCCCGGAAUGGGUCCCUUUGCCAAGCGUCAGGCCCAUGGCGGUACCGCCAUGGGUGGCCCAUCUGGCAACGAUGGCGGCCAGAGCUUCGAUCUCUCAUACACUGCCAACAUCAAGACUGAUGUUAGCGACACGAACACUGAUGACCACUCCAUUGACCUUGACCACACUGAUGCCUACGGUCUUCCUCCCUGGAAGCGCUCAUUCGGUAAUGGCUACGAAGGUGGCACCGCUAUGGGCGGUCCUUCUGGAGACGAUGAGGGUCAGAGCGUCAGCUUGCCCACUACCGUUGACGUUGACACUUCCGUAAAGGAUUUCAACAAGGAUGAUCACUCCAUUGAUCUCAAGCACAAGGACGCUUACUACGGUCAUCCCUGGAAGCGUGGUUUCGGACCCCACAACGGUGGCACCGCCAUGGGUGGUCCAUCCGGCGACGAUGGCGGCCAGAGCUUCGAUCUCUCAUACACUGCCAACAUCAAGACUGAUGUUAGCGACACGAACACCGAUGACCACUCCAUUGAUCUCGACCACAAGGACUCUUACUACGGACCUCACUGGAAGCGUGGCUUCGGCUUCGAGCACGGAGGUGGCACCGCUAUGGGCGGUCCUUCCGGUGGAGAGAAGGGCCAGCACGGUGGUAACGGUGGCACUGCUAUGGGCGGUCCUUCCGGAGACGACGAGAGCGACGGCUUCAGCCUUCCCACGACUGUUAACGUGAACAGUGCCGUCAACGACGUCAACAAGGACGAUCACUCCAUUGAUCUCAAGCACAAGGACGCUUACUACGGUCACCCUUGGAAGCGCGGUUUCGGACCCCAGAACGGUGGCACCGCCAUGGGCGGCCCCUCCGGCGACGAUGAGGGCCAGAGCGUCAGCCUGCCCACCACCGUCGAUGUCGACACCUCUGUGAACGAUGUCAACAAGGACAGCCACGCCAUUGACCUCAAGCACACCGACGUCAACGGCCCCCACUGGGGCGGCCACGGAGGCUGGGGACCUCACGGCGGUGUUGAUGUGAACGCCAUCAAGCAGCAGAACAACGGUCCUGCUGCAGGUGCCAUCGGCCCCUUCAACCGCCGCGACACUGAGCACUGGCCUCACCCCGAACCUGGCUACUGGGGCCAUGACGAGGACUUCGAUCUGAACGCCAUCAAGCAGGUCAACAAUGGACCUUCCGCUGGCGCUAUUGGUCCUUUCAACCGCCGCUCUACCGAGAACUGGCCUCACCCUCACCCCGGCUACUGGGGACCUGAGGAGGACUAUGAUGUCAACACCAUCAACCAGGUCAACAACGGCCCAUCUGCAGGUGCUAUCGGUGGCUUCGCCCGUCGUGAUGCUGAGAACUGGCCUCACCCUCAACCUCACCCUCACCCUCACCCUGGCUUCUGGGGACACGAGGACCACGACAUCAACACCAUCAGCCAGGUGAACAACGGUCCCGCCGCUGGUGGCAUUGGUCCCUUCACCCGUCGUGACGCCGAGAACUGGCCUCACCCUCAACCUCACCCCCACCCUCACCCCGGUUACUGGGGCCAUGAGGAGGACUUCGAUCUCAACUCCAUCAAGCAGGUCAACAACGGUCCCUCCGCUGGCGCCAUUGGACCUUUCGGUCGCCGUGCUUUCGCUCCCAGCCGUGAGUCCAGCGGUGGAGAGGGUACUGUCCUUGGCGGUCCCUCCAGCGAGGAUGAGGGUACCGGAUACUCUGACCCUACCAACGUUCAGGAGAACGAGGAUGUCGACGAGAACCACAACGAUGACCACUCUGUCUCGGAGGACGUUACCCACGUCCACCACCCCGAUGGCCCAUGGGGAGCCGAUGCUUCCCACGCCGACGCUCCUUCACCUCCCUCCGAGCAGGGCUCCGACGCUCCUCCUUCCUUCUCUUCAAAGGAAGAGUCUACCCCUCCCCGUGAGGAGAGCGGCGAGUGCUCGGCCCAGGUUCACGAGGUUGUCCGCACCGUGACCAAGACCCAGUACAAGACUGCUCAGGCCACCCGCGUCGUUUACCAGUCCGCCCCUUCAAUGGAGACCAGCGCCGUCCCCAUGUACAACGAUGCCCGCCAGUCCGCUCCCUCCAUGCAGACCAGCGCCAUCCCCAUGUCCUUCACUCCCCAGCAGUCCGCUGAAGUUGACCCCAAGAUGAUGUCCUACGCCGUCUCCGCACCGGCCCCUGCAUCCUCCGGCGCCUUUGAGAGCUACAACUACUCUCAGCGCCCUAACAGCCACGCCGCGUCUUACUCCAUGAUCCCCGUCCACGUCCCCAUGGCCACCCCCGGCUCCUCCGGUGCUGCUAUGGCCACUCCCUCCGGUACCCACGGCUUGAACAUGCCCACCGGUGUCUCCGCUGAGCAGAAGGCUGCCUCUUCUUCUGCCGCUGCCUCUGCUUCUCCCAGCUCCCACGGUGCCAACACCAUGUUCAUGGGUGCUGCUCCCCGUCUUUCCGGAGGCCUUGCAUCCGCCGCUACCGCUGUGAUUGGUGUCCUUGCUUUCAUCCUCUAG